AUGAAUCGUGAACAGCGUUACCUACCUGUUGGUGAAUGGAAGGUCGUUGACACCGUUAAAAUAACUGGGGCAGGACGUCAAUAUCGACCUACAAAGCAACAGUACAAGAUGACGAUCUUAGGAGACACAUCAAUAACCCCUUCUGAUUAUCGUAAUGAUAAUCAAUUCCUUGAUCUGGCUAACUACGAGGAGAUUGUUAAUGGAAAGCUAAAACCCAAUUUCCUUAUUGAUAUCAUGGGACAAGUAACUGAUCUUGGAGCAGUAGCUACCGUCCAAGCUAAGGGGAAUGACACAAAAAGAGUUCAUUUCCGUUUACGUGAUUUAAGUGGUCAAGAGGUGUCGUGUUGCUUAUGGGGAAAAUAUGCCGAGCAGAUUGAAACACAUAUGGAAGAAGCUAAUGAUGAAACUUUUAUAUGCUUGAUAAGAUUUGCAAAAAUCAGCGAGUUCAGAGGAGAAGUGCAAAUCACCAACGCGUUUGAUGCUUCACUUGUGUGUCUCAACCCAACAAUGGAGGAAGCUAUUGAUUUUAGACAGAAGAUGUCGAGUGAUUCUCUUGCCUUAGCUAUUUGUGAUCAAAGUAAUGAAAAGAAGAUAAUCACCAAGGUUACGGCCAAUUGGGAUGAUGUAGACGUGAGAUGUAUUUCUGAGAUUUUGCAAAGUUUUGAGGUUGACAGUUGCAAGAUCAUUUGUUCAAUUGAAUCCAUUGACACGGAUUGGGGUUGGUUCUAUUUUGGGUGUACUAGACACAAUCGACGUCUUACUAAGAUUGGAAGGAAAUCUUCUGGUAAGAUGAUUCAGUCUGAAAAGCCACAAUUUUAUUGUGAUGUGUAUCGUGGUCCGUGUAACAAUUACGAACCGAAGUUCAAGCUUCAUUUGAUUGUCAAAGAUGACACUGAGACAUGCAGAUUAAUGCUUCUUGAUACUGUUGGGAGAACGAUUAUUGGUAGCAAAGCUGUUGAACUUUGGGAUGGUUCAUUUGACGAGAUUGAAGACCCAGAAAUACUACCUCAGCCUAUUCGAGAUUUGGUUGGGAAAUCUUUUUGUUUUGGUUUAGCCAUAACCAGUGACAAUGUAACAAACGGUUCAGACACAUUUAAGGUCUCUGAGGUCUGGUCUGGAGAUUAUAUUCAAAGAAUCGAGUCACUCUCAGAACCAGUUUCAUUAAUUGAAACCAUUUCGUCAACUCUAUCUGGUGGAGAGCUUCCUGGGAUUGAUCAUAUCAAUGAGAACUCAUCUGAAGAUUUUUCCACCCCAAGUAACAAACGUAAGGAAGAUGAGUGUGAUCAAAUGGACAUGACAUCUACUUCUAAGAAGUUAUGCACUAAGAUCGUAAAGAAGGAGAAAGAAAAGGACUGA